AUGCAGGGCCCCGGAAACGGCGCCUCCGGGCCGCAGCCCGUGGGCGGGAUGCCGUCUCAAGGCUCCGCGGGGACGCAGUGGAAGACCUGGCAGAGCGACGCGGACAUUCCUCAGCGGAAGGUGUUGAUUCAGCACAUCCUGAAACUUUUCCGCCAAAGGAAACCGAGCGAAACGCGAGAGUGGCAGCAGAAGCUCCCGGAUUUCGUGUUGAGGCUGGAGGAGGCGGUGUACCGAGGCGCGCGCAGCAAGGAGGAGUACUGCAACGAGGCGACGCUCGAGGCGCGGUUGCAAGCUGUCGCGCGGAUCAUGGUGGCGCGGCCGCGUCAAGGCGGCGGCGCGCAGCAACCCGGCGGCGGCGUCGGACGCGUCGGCGGCGUCGGCGGUCAACCGACCAUGCAGAUGGUCCAGCCAGGGGGUCAACCCGGAACCGGAGGGAUGCAACCGAACCCGAACGAUCCGAACAUGAUGAUGCAGAUGAAGCAAGACCCUGGCGGGAUGAUGGGGGGGGGAGGGAUGGGCGGGAUGAUCAUGAGCAACGGCGCGCCGGUGAUUCGAGGCGCCGCCGCGCAGGGCGUCAGCGUCGGGAACGUCGCGAUGAAAGGCCCGGGCGGGAUGACCGCGGCGCAGCAGCAGCAGAUGAUGAUGCAGCAGCAGCAGCAGCAGCAGCAGGCGAUGAUGAUGCAGCAGCAGCAGCAGGCGCAGCAGCGCGCGGCGGCGAUGGCGGCGGCGGGGGUCAACGUCAAGCCCGGGAAGAAGCCGACCAAGGCGCAGGAAGCGCAGAUCGCGAAGCACCAGAAAGCGCAGCAGGCUGCGAUGAUCGCGCAGCAGCAGCAGCAGCAGCAGCAGGCGAUGAUGGCCGGCGGCGGCAGAGGCGGCAUGGGCGGCAGAGGCGGCAUGGGAGGCAGAGGCGGCGGACGCGGGGCGCCGCAGCAAGCGCAGGCGGCGAACGGAGGGCAGCCCAUGACGGAGGACCAGAUCAAAAAGGCGUACAUCGUGAAGCAGCAGCGCUGGCUGCUGUUCUUGCGGCACGCGAGCAAGUGCCAAGCGCCGGAGGGGAAGUGCCAACUUACGCAGCAGUGCCACGUCGCGAAGGAUCUGUGGAAGCACGUGUUGCAGUGCUUGAACCCGCGGUGCGAGUAUCCGCGGUGCAUCGCGUCGAGGGAGCUCCUGAAGCACCACCAAAACUGCAAGGACGCGCGGUGCCCGGUCUGCGGCCCCGUGCGAAGCGCGAUGAUCAAGCAGCGGUCGCACGCGAUGAUGCAGGCGCAGCAGCAGCAGAUGCAGCAGCAGGGCGGGCCCGCGGCGAAACGCGCGAGGAUGGACGGCGGCGUCAUGAUGCCGCCGCCGACGCAAGUCAAGGGCACCGUCGGCACGAAGCGCCCGGGCGGGGAAGGGACGUCGCUCAUGGAGUGCUUCUCCCCGGAGGAGGUGCGCACGCACCUCGCGUCGCUGCGUCUCGCGGACAAGGACGUCACCGCGGCGAAAGGGCAGCCGAUGUCCGCGAGAAGACGCGACGCGGAGAGCGAGAAGGCGAUCGCCGGCGCGACGGAGUCGGCGUGCCAAGCGUGCGGCGUCGAGCGGCUGACGUUUGAGCCGCCGCCAUUGUAUUGCUACGCGUGCGUCGGGCGGAUCAAACGCGGGCAGGUUUUCUACCACAUCCCACCGCACGUCACCGGCGGGGAAGUGCGCAAAGACGCGUGGUGUAACCCGUGUUACAACCAAAUUCAAGGCUCGAUCGAGGUGGAGGGCGUCAAGUACCCGAAGAAUCAGCUCGCGAAGAAGAAGAACGACGACGACUUGGAAGAGCCGUGGGUGCAGUGCGACUACUGCAACUGCUGGUACCACCAGAUUUGCGUGCUGUUCAACGGGAGGAAGAACACCGGCGGGGAGGCGCCGUUCACGUGCCCGAGCUGCAUCUUAUCGCAGUUGGAUAAGAAGGAGCGCGCGCCGACGACGAACCGGCCGUCGUCGCAGCUCCCGGCGUCGGAGCUCCCGCACACUCGGUUGUCGUUCUUCUUGGAGGAGAGACUGAAGAAGGUGAUGACGCACGAGCGGAACGAACGCGCGAAGUUGCUCGGGAAGCCCAUCGAGGAGAUCCCCGCCGCGGAUGGUCUCGUCAUCCGCGUCGUCUCCAGCGUCGAGAAGACGCUCGAGGUGAAGAAGAACUUCAAAGACGCCUUCAAGGACCAAAACUUUCCGGAGCGAUUUCCGUACCGGAGCAAGGUUUUACUCUUGUUCCAAAAGACCGAGGGCGUGGACGUGUGCUUGCUCGGCAUUUACGUCCAGGAGUACGGCAGCGACUGCCCCGCGCCGAACAACCGGCGCGUGUACUUGUCCUACCUCGACAGCGUGAAGUACUUCCGCCCGAGCGGGAUUCAAGUCGCGACGGGCGAAGGCUGCGCGCUGCGGACGUAUUGCUACCAUCAGAUUUUGAUCGGGUACCUGCAGUACAUCAAACAGCGAGGGUUCACGUCGUGCUUCAUCUGGGCGUGCCCGCCGUUCCAAGGCGAGGACUACAUCUUGUACUGCCACCCGAAGGAGCAGAAGACGCCGAAGAGCGACAAGCUCCGCGAGUGGUACCUCAAGAUGUUGAGGCAGGCGCAAAAGGAGGGCAUCGUCCUGUCGCUCCAGAAUUUAUACGACGAGUUUCACCUCGGGAACCAGAACCACGACAUCGCGUCCGCGACGGAGCUGCCGUAUUUCGACGGCGAUUACUUCCCCGGCGUCGCGGAGGACUGGAUCCCGGGCAUCCAGAAGGAACAAGCCGAGCUCGCGAAGAAGAACAAGGGCAAGAGCGCUAAGCAGACGACGGCGACGGCGCGGAAGACGGGCAAGGGCAAACGCCUGGGCGUCGGCACCCCCGAGGCUGAGCUCGACGUCGAGCUCAUGAAGAAGCUCGGGACGACGAUCCACACGAUGCGUCACGACUUCAUCAUGGUCCACCUCGCGCACCAGUGCACGCAGUGUAGGAAGUGCAUCGCGGACGACAACCGGUGGUACGACUCCACGCCGUCGGCGUCGGGCGCCGCCUUUGAGCUGUGCCAGGAGUGCUACGACGUGGAGCAGGCGUUGGAGUCGCACGAGAAGAAGCUCACGACGGGGCGGGAUCUCGUGUGCGAACGCGUGGACCCGCUGCCGGACGUCAAGGAGAGCGACGAGGUGAUCAACUCGGAGUUUUUCGACACGCGACAGGCGUUCCUCUCGCUGUGCCAAGGGAACCACUUCCAAUUCGACUCGCUUCGACGCGCCAAGCACACGACGAUGAUGGUGUUGUAUCACCUCAACAACCCGUCCGAGCCCGCGUUCGUGGCGACGUGCAACAGCUGUCAACGCGAGCUCGAGCCCGGCAAGGGGUGGCGAUGCGAGACGUGCCCGGACUUUGACAUCUGUGACGACUGCAAGCGCAUGAAGGGCCACGAACACCCGCUCGUGCGAAGCGGCGGGAGAAGCGACCGCGGGCCGGGGAUGACGGAGGAGGACAGACGCGUGCGCGCGGAGCAGAUCCAACGCACGAUGGAGCUGCUCGUGCACGCGACGCGGUGUAAGGACGCGAACUGCGGGUCGCCGAACUGCACCAAGGUGAAGCAUCUCUUCAAGCACGCGGCGAACUGCCAGCUGAAGGCUGCGGGGGGGUGCCAGCUGUGUCGGAAGAUGUGGACGCUGCUGCAGGUGCACGCCAACGGGUGCAACGACGCCAACUGCCCGGUGCCGCGGUGCAAGGAUCUCAAGGCGUACAGGCAGCGGUCGCAGGAGCAGCAGGACGCGAAGCGGCGCGCGCGGUACCGUGUGUACAUGCAGGAGCAGCAGACGGGGGCGUGAUGAUCGAUUAUCGACUCGACGAUGGAGGAGGGAGGAGGAGGUCGCGAAGGUCGCGAAGGUCGAGUAGGUCGAGAAGGUUGCGGGCGCGGGCGCGGGCGGCGGGCGGCGGCGGCGGCGCGCGAGCGCGACGACGAAGACUUGGAGAGAAGAGGGUGAGAGGGUGGGGGUAAUUCAUUUUCGACGCGCGAACGGAAACGUCGGCGAUAGAUAACUAACGAGCGUUCUGCUCGGAUUGCAACGGUGACACCUUUAGUAG